AAUCGACGCACAGAACAUCGUCGGGUGGGAAGGUAGUUGGAGGACUCCUGGGCUCCGUCACUAGGGGACUCCGCCCCUCCCGAUUUCCUCCGGGCUGCAGGCGACAGAGCUGAGCCAAGCGUUUACUGGGCAGCUGUUGCGCUCAGAUUCCAAAUGAAAAUGUUUGAGAGCGCUGACUCUGCAGCCACAAGAUCUGGCCAGGAUCUCUGGGCUGAAAUUUGUUCCUGUCUGCCAAAUCCUGACCAAGAAGAUGGUGUCAACAAUGCCUUCUCAGACUCCUUUGUGGAUUCUUGCCCUGAAGGUGAAGGCCAGAGGGAGGUGGCUGACUUUGCUGUCCAGCCAACUGUAAAGCCUUGGGCUCCCUUGCAGGAUUCAGAAGUGUAUUUAGCAUCUCUAGAGAAGAAGCUAAGAAGAAUCAAAGGUUUAAAUCAGGAAGUGACUUCCAAGGACAUGCUUCGAACUCUGGCCCAAGCCAAGAAGGAAUGCUGGGAUCGGUUCCUCCAGGAGAAGUUAGCUUCAGAGUUCUUUGUGGAUGGACUUGAUUCUGAUGAGAGGCAUGGGCUCGGGAAGAUCAAGUCACUAAACCCAAGACCACACAGAUACCAAGUGGCAGGUCAUACAGCCAAGCCUUCAGACCCCGACAUCUGACUCCAAGACCAUUCUGAGCCCAUCACUUCCUCACUUUGAUGGUGCAAUGGACUGUGUGUUUGUGUCCCUCUAAAAUAUACAUGUUGAAACACUAAUCCUGAUGUGAUGGUAUAUAGAGAUGGAACUUUGGGGAGGUAAUUAGGUCAUGAGAGUGGGCCCUUUAUCAAUGGGAUUAGUGCCCUUACAAAAAGGGGCCAGAGACCUAGCUAGUUCUCUUCUCCCAUUGUGAGGAUACAAUGGGAAGUGGACAGCUGGUGAUAUGGUUUGGCUGUGUCCCAACCCAAGUCUCAUCUUGAAUUGUAGUUCCCACAAUCCCCACGUGUGGUGGGAGGGACCCAGUGGGAGGUAACUGAAUCAUGGGGGCGGUUUCCCUCAUGCUAUUCUUGUGAUAGUAAGUUCUCACGAGAUCUGAUGGUUUUAGAAGGGGUUUCCCCCUUCACUUGGAUCUCAUUCUCCUUCCUGCCACCCUGUGAAGAAGAACAUAUUUGCUUCCCCUUCUGCCAUGAAUGUAAGUUUCCUGAGGCCUCCCCAGCCAUGCCAAACUGUGAGCCAAUUAAACCUCUUUCCUUUACAAAUUACCCAGUCUCCGGUAUGUUCUUAUAGCAGUGUGAGAAUGGACUAAUACAGUUGGAGACCCAGAAGAGGGCUUUCUCCCAGAACUGGACCCUGCUGGCCCCCAAAUCUCAGACUCCAACCUCUCACAGUUUAUUUCUCCAACUGUGAGAAAUAAACCUGACUAAGGUUAGACCUGACUAAGAGAAAUGGAUACUGCUGCAGUGAUUUUUCCACAUAGAGCUUUUUCUCUUCUUUGCAAAAAUUUCCUUAGGACAAAUUCCCAGGAGUGGGAUUACCAGGUCAAAAGUCAUUAAUAUUUUAAAUGGCUGUGUGAAUUAACAUAAUGCUUCACAAAAGAACUGGGCUGAUUUAUAUUUUAGCCAAUGAUGUAGAUAUAUACAAGUUUCACCAGCCCCUCUUGGGAUCUUAGCCCUUCUAAUGCCUGCUUUCUAAUGGCAUAGUGAGAACAUACUGUAAAAGUCAUUUGAUUUCUUCAUGUGUUAUUCAGGGAUUGCUCUCAUCUCCUCCAAGUCUUUGCUCAAAUGUUCUCGGUGUGGUCUACCCCAACUACUCUAUUUCAAAUGAAAACACUCCCUCCUCCUACACCCGUUACUCUCCUUACUCUGCUAUUUUUCCACAUUAUUUGGCAUCUUAUAACACAUACUUUUCUUAUUUAUUAUGUAUAUCCUUUUUUUAAAAACAUGCUGAAAACUCUUUAUAACAAUGCAGGACAAUGGCCAGGCACGGUGGCUCACGCCUGUAAUCCCAGCACUUUGGGAGGCUGAGGUGGGUGGAUUACAAGGUCAGCAGUUCGAGACCAGCCUGGCCAAUAUGGUGAAACUCUGUCUCUACUAAAAAUACAAAAAUUAGCUGGGUAUGGUGGUGCACGCCUGUAGUCCCAGCUACUCCUACUGAGGCAGGAGAAUCGCUUGAACCCAGGAGGCAGAGGUUGCAGUGAGCUGAGAUCACGUCACUGCACUCCAGCCUGGGCAACAGAGGGAAACUCCAUCUCAAAAUAAGUAAAUAAAUAAAAUAAUAAUAAUGCAGGACAAUUAUGUAUAGCAAACACUUUCAAAAUUUAAACUCCUUCAACAUUUAAUUCUUCAGCAUUAUGUAUACUUUUAAUUGCACAUCUCCCCCUGACCCUGACCUCAACUAGAACGUAAGUUCCAUUUUGUCUAUUUAAUUUGCUGAUGUGUUCCCAAGACUAGAACAGAGCCUGGGGCAUAGCAGGAUCAUGAGGGUCAAACAAGAUAAUGCCUGUAUGUAGCCUGCGAUGGGCAGCACCUGGUACAGAGCUCAUCAUGAACCAGUAUCCUAUUCCUCUUACAUGUCCACCAACAGGAGAAUAGAAAUUAUGAUAUAUAAUAUAAAUUGGCCAGGUGCAAUGGCUCAUGCCUGUAAUCCCAACACUUUGAGAGGCUGAGGCAGGAGGAUUGCUUGAGCACAGGAGUUUGAGACCAGCCUGGGCAACAUGGUGAAACAUCCCUUCUAUAAAAAAUACAAAAAAAUUAGCCAGGCCUGGUGGCACACGCCAGCCUGAGGUGGAAGGAUCAACUGAACCCGGGAGAUUGAGGCUGCAGUGAUCUGUGAUCACGCCACUGCAUUCCAGCCUGGGUGACAGAGUGAGAUUCUCU